AUGGAUUUCUUCGUUCUCAUGUUUUUGGUUACUUUGAUUUAUCAAAUAGUGGGAUUCGUUUUCUAUUUUGUGAUCGCUUAUGUGGUUUGGAAAUUCAGGAAGACUGUCUUCAGCAGCUCUUUUUUCCAUCUGAUUCUUCUGGGAUUCAUUCUGAACUUCACAACCUUUCUGAACUCUUUCCUAUCCCUCCGACUUCCAAUGUUCACAAAAACGACUGGUUUCCUGGCUCCAUUCUUUCUCCAAUUCACCAAAGAACAUUCUCAAAAAUGGUUGUGCAUCCCACAUGCACUUCAUUUUGCUUUCGCUUAUGGACAAUACAACUUCAACUUUGGAGUUUGCUUGAAUCGGUGGACCAUCAUAAAAUUCAAUAAUUUCGAGACCUGUUGGAAAGCCUAUUUUUGGGUGUUCAUUGUUGUUACAAUUGGUAUUCCUGCUGCUCUCGUGAUACCUAUUCUAUUGAACACCUCAUACUAUUCACAGAAUACGUACUGGAACACCUUUUACAUAGAUUCCACCUUUGGUCGAGAAAAUAUUUAUAUGAUCCUAACUCCUUACCUGACAGUUGUCACAGGAGUCAAUGUCUACAUGAACAUCUCCUCGUAUAGAAAAAUGAUCAAAUUGGCUAACUCAGGAUUCUCAGUACCCGAUAAAAGGUUUCUAGUCAUUUCCUUCUAUGUCUUCACCGUGGACAUGUUUCUCACAACUUUAUCGGUUGCCAAUUGCACCAUCUUAAACUUCCAACCAUUCAUAGACAAUUUGACUGUGCUCAGCUGGAUAGCGUUUUGCACACCAUUUGCCAGCGAUGCUCUCACUUUCUGUUCUCCUCUUCUCACUUUCACAAUGUGUCAUUCGCUCCGCGUGAAAUUUAUCGAGUGCCUGCCGUCAUGUCUCAGGCAAGUGGGGUAUCGAUUUUGUGUGAGAACAAGUGAUUCCUACACCGUGUCUUCAGUCAGUCACCAAGUGCAAAACUAA